AUGAACGGCCUCGACAUCGACGCCAAAGUGAAGAUGAUGCGACAGCAGCUCGAUUUUAUGUUUAAAGACCAUAAAUUCACCAAACUCAGUAUCGAGCUAUACGUCUUCUUCCGCAUCUUCGUCCAAGCCCGACAGAUAGAGGACAUCAGCGCCGCGAAAUUCAAGGUCCCCAUCUACGCCCUCCGGAUGCAGGCGUACCCAGGCUACCAUAUGAACCUGGACUUCCGCACCAUGGACCCGAAGCCGUUCAUGGAGAUGUUCCCAGCCAUCGUCCCCCAGGAGGCGAUCAAAGUGCAGGUUGAGCUGGGCGACUCGGGCGACUUAAUGGACAUCCCCCCUCCCCAGAAGACGGUAGAGUAUCCGCAGGUCCGGCCGUCAUACGAGACGCCGAACCCCGUCGACUUACUGAGCUUUAGGCGGAUAAGGAAAGUGCUACUGGGAUCUAUUAUGCACGCCCGGUCCGGGGACAAGGCUGACAAUUCAAACAUCGGCUUCUUCUCGCGUUCCCAGUAUGAAGAUGAAUACGAAUGGCUCAAGACCUUUUUGACAGUCGAGAGACUCAAGCUUCUCCUCGGCGACGACUAG